AAUUUGACUAUUCCACUAUUGCCCAACUGUUUUCCUCUUCACUGUCAACGCAGACUUCCACAAUGGCUGGUGUGGCAUCUACGUUGGCCAAGAAGAGGGCAUUGGCCGCUGGGUUUGGCACUAAUGCCAACGCGUCAAAGUACCUAAACCAAGACUUCCAAUCUCUCAGGAGCGAGUGUCUGAGAAAAGGUUCAAUAUUUACCGAUUGCACUUUUCCAGCUGCACCUGAGUCGCUCGGAUUCAAAGAGCUUGGCCCGAAUACUUCCAAAACCAGAGGUGUGCAAUGGAAGCGACCUGGGGAACUGGUGUCCAACCCAGAAUUCAUCGUUGGUGGAGCCACGAGAACCGACAUCUGCCAAGGAGGUCUGGGUGACUGCUGGCUCCUGGCAGCCAUCGCCUCUCUGACCCUGAAUGAAGAUGUGAUGGCCCGGGUCGUUCCUGAAGGACAAGGAUUUGGACGUGGAGAGUACGCUGGGAUCUUUCACUUCCAGUUCUGGCAGUUUGGUGAGUGGGUGGACGUGGUGAUUGACGACCGGCUGCCAACGAAGGAUGGAAAGCUGCUGUUUGUUCACUCAGCCGAGGGCUCUGAGUUCUGGAGCGCCCUGCUGGAGAAGGCCUACGCCAAGGUGAAUGGAUGCUAUGAGGCUCUGUCAGGUGGCUCCACCACUGAGGGCUUUGAGGACUUCACAGGAGGGAUAGCAGAGAACUAUGACCUGAAGAAGGCUCCCUCCGACCUGUUCCAGAUCAUCAGGAAAGCCCUGGCCUCUGGAGCUCUGCUGGGCUGCUCCAUCGACAUCACCAGUCAAGCAGACUCAGAGGCUGUCACCUAUCAGAAGCUGGUGAAAGGACACGCCUACUCUCUGACCGGGGCUAUGGAGGAACAACAUUUAAUUUGUUCAUGAGGCAGAUGCGACUCGUUACGCCACCAGGUGGAAGACUGGCCCCUCUGAUCAGUCUCACCGGAGGAAAGGAAGGCGAGAGCGAGCAGGGACUGUGAGAGGCGGACCUUCUGCAGCUCUCUCCCUCCCCCCGCUGAGACUAAUGCCGUGUUCAAAUCAACUGGGAAGUCGUAAUCUCCGACUUCCGAAUUCAAGGCGUUCCAGACAACUGGGAACUCGGGGGAAAAAAACGAGAUCUGGCAUAUCGCCAAUAUGCUGUGAUAAUGUAUUAGACCA